AUGGCUGAUAACACACUUCGAGAAGAUGCACUUCUCGACUUGGAGGACAAGGUACAAGGCAAACACUCAAAGCCAAGAGGCGAUAAGGGACGGGGACGAGGUGGUGGCGGCGGUGGUGGCGGCCAAGGUCGAGAGGUGCAGGUCUCAAAGGCUUUGUCCAGGCUCUUGAGACAUCAGGCGGCUAAUGCUGGUAUUCAACUUGACGACGAGGGAUUCGCACGUCUAGAUGCCGUGCUCGCGUGGAAUCCAUUGAAAUCUCUCAAGGCUACACUCAGCGAUAUCCAAGCCACAGUUUCUGCAGACGGCAAGCAGCGCUUCACCCUGAAGCCAAACCCAGCUACAAAUCCAUCUCUGGAUACCAAAUCUACCUCACCAGCUGACUAUCUUAUCCGUGCCAACCAAGGCCACUCCAUCAAGCUUGAGUCAGCUAAUCUUCUUACACCCGUGACCGUCGAGGCUGGCAAUGUCCCCGAGCGUGUCCUACAUGGAUCAUUCUUUUACUUCUGGCCUGCCAUCGUGGAAACGGGUGGCCUGAAACCCAUGAGCCGUAAUCACGUACAUUGCUCAGCAGGAACACCCGAGGAAGGCAUCGUGAGCGGUAUGCGCAAGGAUGCAGAGCUGAUCAUUGAGGUUGACAUGGAGGCGAGUUUGAAGGAUGGCAUCAAGUGGUGGUUGAGUGAUAACGGUGUACUGUUGACUGAAGGUGACGAGCAGGGCAUCCUGAGCACAAAGUACUUCAAGUCUGUGACAGGACGCAAGGUCGACGUUGGCGUGCUAUGGCAGGAUGGACAGUGGGUGGCUGAUCUGCCUGCUGACUUGAAGAUAAGUCCUCCUUUUGGAAAGGGCCCUCGCCAAGGUGGUGGACGAGGAGGAAGAGGAGGCAAACGAGGCGGUUCCUAG